UUUAAUUUCCCUCAAGUGAUGAUUGUUGGGUAGCGAACUUUACAACUCUACAUUACAUUAGCCACAAAUUACACAAAUCAAACGUACCCCGCAGCAGAGCGCGUGCAACUUACUAAUUUUAAUAUUAUUAACCGUCAAACCAUAAACCACUAAUUUUUUUGCUUUAACAUCCGGUUCGGUUCAGGAACAGAGGACAUUUUAACAGCCCAUCUCAUUGGCCCAAACCCUGUAAUUUGGCUGGGCUUACUCCAGAUUGUACAGUCCAGAAUCUGUGCAAUUCAAGGGCCCAGUUCGUAAUUUACGGGUUCGGCAAACAAGCGAUCUGGUUAUCAUUUCCACUUUCCAUUGGCAAAGCCUCUGAGCUUUUUGGUUAAACCAAAUCCAAUUCACAGCUCCCAUUUCUGCAUCGAGCGAGAGAGAGAGAGAGAGAAACUGUAAGAGAAUAGCCGGAAGUGGGAGCGUGCGAGGGAGCAUUUUGAUCUGGAACUGGUACCGGAGUGGGAAUCUCGCGAUGUUCCUACGGGCGAUCUCGCGGCCGUUGAUGGCCAAGGUGAAACAGACGACGGGGAUCGUCGGUCUUGACGUCGUCCCCAACGCCAAGGAAGUUUUGAUCUCCCUCUACUCCAAAACCCUAAACGAGAUUCAGGCGGUCCCUCCGGACGAAGGUUACCGGAAGGCGGUGGAGAGCUUCACUAAGCACAGGCUGAAAGUAUGCCAGGAGGAGGAGGAUUGGGAGGCGAUCGAGAAGAGGCUCGGCUGCGGUCAGGUCGAGGAGCUAAUCGAGGAGGCCAGGGACGAGCUCAAGCUCAUCGAGAAAAUGAUCGAGUGGGAUCCCUGGGGUGUGCCUGAUGACUAUGAAUGUGAGGUCAUAGAGAAUGAUGCUCCAGUGCCUAAGCACGUCCCCCUACAUCGACCUGGUCCCCUCCCCGAGGAAUUCUACUCGACGCUAGAGAAGUUGCAAUUGAAUUCUAAGGAGGCACCACCUGCUGUCACCUCCGGCGAGUCAAAGGCAGAGUAGCACGCUGCUGGAACUUGCAUCGGGGAACUUCCAUCAUAAGACUAUCUUCUUGGAUCUUGUUUGUGUUUGUCAUCGUGUAAUUUUCUGUUUCGGCCACAUUUAAAUAGAGGCUUUUUUCAUUUUAUGAGAGUGGCUUUGAAGAACCAUUCAGUUCAAUAAUCUUUGAAACCAAUCAAAGAUGUUAGGAAUUUCCUUCUUCAAAUCUUUGUUGUCUUUCAAUUCCAAUUGAUCCAUGGAAACUGUGGCGGUCCUUGCCCUCGACGGUGUAGAUUUUGGGUUUCAUUAGCAGGAACUUAUGCAGAUAUGCUAAUGUGUUUGAAGAAACAAGUUCUUAAAGUUCUUUACAAGACUUUGUUCUUCAUGUUACUUUAUCAAUUCAAGAUACUUUCUGUAAGAGACGCAUUUGUCAUUGACGAACAUUCAGAUUGCUGUAGCCUGUAGGCAAAUUAGAAUUUCUUUAAUCUUCUGGAAACAUUGAAUGGAAAGAGCCCCCUACUCUUCAUUCAAAAUCAGCUGGUUCCAGAAAUUCCUAUACAUUAUACAGUAUCUCUCAUACUUAAGGAUUGCAUCGGAACAUCAAAUUAAACGACAGCUGAUAGGGAUUGUAAGUCAGCUAGUUAGUCAGUACAAUGCUAAGCCUUUCUCCAUAAUAUGAGAAAGCUACAGAACCUCUAUGGCCCUUCCAGACGCACAGCUUUACUCAUGGUAUCAUUCAAACAAGCAUAAUGCUCUAACCAUGGCUCUGCCGCAUGCUGCUCCCUGAAGAAGCCAGCGAUUAACGAUGUCCAAGCAAUGACAUUAGGCGAUUGCAUCUCCUUGAAGACUCUCAACACCUUCUACCGUGUCAGAGCAUUUCAUGUACAAAUCUAGAAAGAAGGGAAUUUCCGAGUGGGAUAUGGUCCUCUACUUGCUGUUAUUUUUCUUGAGUGGAUUUGCGUACCCAAAUCCAGCGAGUGAAUUGGCGAGCAUUCACUGAGCAAGACCAAGAAUGUGACCUCAUUUAGCAAGAUUCCAGAGAGAUUCAUGUCUCCCAACGCACCGAGACCGAAAGCCAAUUUGGAAGUUCUGAGUUUUGAGCAAAUCCUGAGAUGACCUACUGACUAGUCCAUAGGACAUCGGAUUCAGUGGUGAGCUUGACUACUUUUUCAGUAUCUCCCAUCUUCUGGCAUUUUGAGUACAUGUCCACAAGCAUUGUUUUCGUUACCAAAUUCAGCUCUCAACACCCAAAACUACGGCGUGGGUAUGAAUCAGUUUGCCGUACUCCAAACCAAGAAAUCCACUUGCUGCUAACAUUUUGGGGACAGUAAACCCAUUUGAAGUGACUCCAGACUUAAAUCAUACUAGUUUUUUGACCCGCGCUACGCAGCGGUAAGUAGCUAAUUAUAUUUAAAAUUUCAUCUACUUAUUUAAUAAUAUAGUUGAAAUCGUAUAAUUCUCAAAACCUUUCAAGUUAGAUAUGCCCAUAGAGAAAUUUUACAAUGCUAUAUAAUAUUGGUGCUAUAGGUUUUUGCCUUUAUGGUACAACUUAAAAUUGUACAUUUACGUUAUGGUACAACUUUAGAUUGUACCUAUACUUUUUGUACAAAUUCUUUUAUGGUACAACUUGAACUUGUACAUUUAUGUGAUGGUACAACUUCAAGUUGUAAAGUUGUACCAUAACAUAAUGAUACAAAUUGCUUUAUGGUACAACCUAAACUUAUACAUUUAAUGUUAUGGUACAACUUUGAGUUGUACAUUAAAGCAUCAAUGCUAUAUAGCAUAGUAGAAGUGCUCAUGCCCAUAAGGUUUACAAAUGUCUUAACCAUUACGAAAGAUUUAAGUCGUAUGUUUGUUUAAUUGAUACAUAAGAAAUAAUAUAUCUCAAUAAGUUUUACGUAUGACC